CUCCGCCUAUUUGUUCCACGUCAGAAGAUAUAGGAAGAAGCCUAGCUUAGCUGUUCAGAAACCAACAACAUCACAUCAUCAUACGUAUUUGCCUUGUCUGGUGACGAUCGCUACAUUUUACAUUCGUUUGAUUGAAUGGCAACGACGGAUACUGUACAGUCGAACCAAUAUUUGAAACCAACCUGUGCCGCUUCAUGCAACUGUAAAGGAUAUCGCGAUGUAAGGGAAGCCAGCACACAAACCGACACCAAAGUACAAGGUCAUGGACCCAGGCUGUCCAAGGUUAACCUCUUCACCCUGCUGAGUUUAUGGAUGGAACUUUUCCCCAAGGAGGAACCAGAAGACAUAAACCAGGAUGUCUUUACGCGGGGUACAGGUCUGGUGGUGGUUCGGGACCACAAGGUGGUGGGUCUCCACUGCUCUGGUCCAGAGCUCCACGUGGGGCAGGUAGCUGUGAUAAGACACGGGCCCAGGCUGGCUGCCUCAGACCUCUACUUCUCUAGGAGACCCUGCGCUACCUGCCUCAAGAUGCUUAUCAAUGCUGGGGUGAGCCGCAUCUCCUUCUGGCCUGGUGACCCUGAGAUGAGUCUGCUAGCAGUCAGGCCUAAUGGGACAGACUCCAUUUCCCAGGAGGCCAUGCUGGACGCCAUUGCGUCCGAGAAGCUGAAGUCCAACAGCCGGCCCCACAUCAGUGUGGUGGUGCAGCCCGUGGACCCCGGCCUGCAACAGUUUGUGGAGGAGACCUCCAGGAGGUGUGACUUCAUGGAGAGGGUGUCGGGGGACGACCCCGACUUGGACGCUGGGGACUUCUACUGGAAGCAGAGGAGACGGAACCUGGACACUUUCUCCGAAGAGUUCCUAAUCCCGCACGAACAGUGCCACCGUGACAUUCUCACCAAAAUAGGUCUGGAGAACUUCUGCAUGGAGCCGUACUUCUCCAACCUGCGUCAGAACAUGAGGGAGCUGGUCGGGAUUCUGGCCUCAGUAGCUGCUAGUGUGCCUCUUCUCCAGCAUGGCUUCUACAGGAAGGACUCUCAGCCUGCAACCUCGGAGCAGCGCCAGCCUCAGGGGGUGUCCCAGGAAAUUGCCAGACACUGCAUCGUACAGGCCAGACUUUUGGCCUACAGAACAGAGGACCCUAAGGUUGGGGUUGGUGCUGUCAUUUGGGCAGAAGGGAAAUCAGGUGGUUGUGAUGGCACGGGGCGGCUGUACCUGGUGGGUUGUGGGUACAACGCCUACCCAGUGGGCUCAGAGUACGGAGAGUACCCCCAGAUGGACAACAAAGAGCAGGACCGCCAGAGGAGGAAGUACCGCUACAUCAUCCACGCUGAGCAGAACGCACUCACCUUCAGUCCUUACAGGUCAACGGAGAUGGCAGAGAGGAUGCAAGGAGAGGAAGCAAGGAGGAGUGACGAGAUCCGCGAGGAGGAGAACACCAUGCUGUUUGUGACUAAGUGUCCGUGUGAUGAGUGUGUCCCUCUGAUCCGAGGAGCUGGGAUCAAGCAGAUCUACACCACUGACCUGGACAGCGGCAAAGACAAGGGAGACAUCUCCUACCUCAGAUUCCAUGGCCUCCAAGGAGUCCUGAAGUUCAUUUGGCAGAAGUCCCCUCUGGCCAGGAGAGCCUCUGAACAUGCUGGUCUUCAUCUAACCAAUGGCUGCGUGGGGAAGCAUGGGAGACAGCCUGAACAGGCCCUUCAAUCCAAUAAGAGGUUACGGUCAGCAACAAAUCCAGACCUUUCUCCUGUUUGUUGAACAAUGGUACCUGUAGCUUUCAGUCUGGUUUCCCCAGGCUCUUGUUGGCAUUGGAAACGUUUCAUUUAUCCAAUCGCAUAUCAAUCAGUGAUUCAAGUAAGGAAGGAUGCAUUUUAACAAUGUUGGAAAUUCAAAGGCCUCUUCAUACUCCCCUGUAAUGGACAGUUUCAAGGAGUAAACUCAAGGUGAUUUUUAAAGGACUGACUGUAUAUUCAAAGGAAAUGGUACUACGUAGAUAUAAAAAAAAAAAAAGCAGUAAUUGCAUGUAUAAGUGAACUGUAAAUGCGUGUUUCCUAAUUGUUUGUCUGAAGAGUUUACAAUGAAAGUUGUAUGAAGGCUACUGUUGAUUAUAGCUUUAAGUUUACUGUAGUUCUUCCAGACGUGAAGAAUCCCAGUCACAUCCCAGCCAGUGCAGGCUACCACCACUAUAUUGCACUUUGCCUCAAAGGAUACUAACCUCUAGACCCAUGCAACUGUGCUUUGUCUGUUCUUUUGUUACGUAGUUGGCUCCUACAUCCUUGAAUUGUUUCAUCCUGUUUUGCCAAACUGCUUUUAACUGAUAACAAUAAGCAUCUAACAGCAAAAAAACAAUAUAAAAUAUUGACAAACCAGGAAAACAAUGUAUGCAUUUAUUUUACCGGUGUUGUGGUACAGUAGUGUCAAUGUGAUUUUUUUUUUUAAUGAAAUCCCAUGGUUGAAAAGGGUCAAUAUUACUUUAGUACAGUAUGUUAAGUAAAUCUGUUUUGGCUCAGGUGUAAGUUCCUACUGAUACAGCCUGAAUCUUUUAACUUUCUUGUUAAGCAUUUUAAUCCAACGUCACAGUUUAUGCCAUUCGAAGCCCCGUUUAUACCUGGUGUUAACAUGGGUCCUGUGUCUUGAUCUUGUCCAUAUUCUGAUUGUGACCAUUCCUAGACCUGUGUAGAAUAUUAAAAUUGAUGGUGAUUCUUCCUGACUACCUCCAGAGGUCAUCGAAGACUAAUUGUAUCUUUAUCUUACAAGUGUAAACAGAUCUGGAUUGUCAAACCAUUUUAAAUAGUCCCUCUAAAAUCAUUGAUUCAAGGGAUCAAUAUGUCUUAACAUUGGGAAUCUCAUAAUUUGAAUACAGGGAGGGACUAGGGUUCAAUAGAACUUGAGAAAGGUCAUUGGCAUGGCAAGACAUGAACCUGUGACCUUGUGGUCCCUGUCCACAGCACCAGCAGGAGGGAGGGCACCAUUAUUGUUUUUGUGCAUUUUAUAAAGCUGUUCAUUCCUUUAGUCGUUUUAGAAUGUCAGCAGAUAUGUUGGAAAACAAAAGCCGCAUUGGGAUUCAAACUGGCAACACCAUCUGUCGCAACCUGUUUAACACCCUCCCACAAGCACUCCCCCUCCCUGAAACACUUAAACUCCACCCACUGACAUGUCUAAGCUCUGCCCACUGAACGUUCAUCCAACCAAUUUGUCCCCAGCUACCUCGAGGUGGUCAGGAAGAUCUGUUCACAAUUAAUUAUUGUCUACACUGGUCUAGAAAUGUGGUCAAGAUCAAAUGUUAGCACCAGAUAUAGAACAGGGCUAGAAUGACUGAGUUUCACCAAAACGACAAGGGCAUUGAGGAUACUAUCCCUUGUGUCAAGUCCAAUCUACCAAUUGUAAAAAAAAAAAAAAAUUAAGUAUUUGGCAAUUUUAAAGAACAAUCACUUGUCUGUGGCAUGGUGCCCAUCACAUUUAUUAUUCAAUAUUACAUUGAAGAGCCAUAUUAAUUAGCUCAUUUUCAAUUUAAUGUGAUCGUAACUUACAAGCUCAACCACCACGAUUACAAUAAGCAUUGGCUCAAUUUGUCUGAGGUUAUUUAAUUUAGAUUUCCCCCAAAACAAGCUACAUGUAAAAAAUAAAAUCAAAAUUCAGAGCAAGAUGCUUCUACCUUAUCCAGUUUACUGGUAUGUUAACUUUCCUGGACAAUCACAGUCCUGAGUUUUGGCCUCCUGGUUCCAAGUUUUAUGAUGCGAUCAAUGAACUGCAACAAGUUUUUUUUCAAAGUAAAAUAUUCCUUAACUGCACAACUCAAAUAUAGUGAGUUCAAGGUUCAUUGCUUAAUCACGACUAAUAUGUUCAACCAGACCAUAUUUUUCUAAAUAAGAAUUAAGCUUAGCCUAGAAAAGUAUUUAAAAUACAAAAAAAGGGAAAACAAAGGCACCUCUGUAUGUACCCCUACUGUUAAUGUGUUCCACCAAACAUCCCCCUCCACCAUCCAAAUAAGAAAACAAGUUAAAGAAAUCACUUUCGUACAGAAAAAAAAAAUCUGAGGAUUUUUCUGUCACCCGCAAUGGCACUCACUUAUGGGUUAAAACCAGCUUUUAUACACGACAAAAAACAUGUUUUUUUUAUCAUCAUGAUAGAAUCCUGUUGAACAGGAAACUACUUCAUCAGCUUAAAAUAAACCAAAAAGAAAUAGAUCCUUUAGCGUUGAAUGAUACAGAAAGUGCUACCAGCCAUCUGUGGAGAAUCAAUUAUCAAAACUAUUGAUAACCUUCGUAUAGAAUGACUUAGCAGUAAAAGAAUGGCCCCGCUGAUCACCAGACAUCUAAUAUGUUCCUUGUAAGAUCAAAUUCAGAGUUGUCAUGUCAGAGGACCUGCUACAGCGUUGAAGCAUAACUUAAUUGUGGAAGUACAACCGCAGGAGUAAGACUAGGAGGGAAUGUGAGUCUGAAGAAGAGUUCUACAGAACAUUUGACAAUACCAUUUAGACCCUCUAAUAGAGAAAUAGCAAUUCCUUCUAUGAUUCUGGGUACUUCGGUUGUGCUGUGGUUAGAUUAGGAGAGUAUUAGAAAGAAGUCAGAAAUAUCUAGCUGGCUCGUGCCUGCAAGUGGCAAUGAAAAGAAGAGAACAUUUGCAAAAAAAUAUUUGCGCAAUUAAAGUGAUGACCUGUGGUCUCCACAGCUCACUCAGCCAAUCACCUA